ACAAUACAACCCUAACCUCAAUUUUAUAAUCUGCUAUAAUAUUGAAAAAUGGCAAACAAUUUAUGGAAUAUUUGUUUCAGAAACGUAAAUAAUCUUAAUUCACUGUACAUUUCUGUUAGACAUGGUCACCAUUUAAGAGGAAAACCUCCUGGAAUAGCCAAAUCGUUAGAAACAAAGUUGGCAGAAACAAACUAUAAAGAUCCGUCUAUUUAUUACAAAGUGGAUAUUGGUUUACCUCCUCCACAGAUCUCCCGAUCGAAAGCACUCGAAGAAAGAAUAGCAGUAAUGAAGAAACAACGAAAGGACCCUGUACUGGAAAAACUAGCUCGAGAUAGGAAAUUAACAAUAAAUUUAGAAGAAACUAACGAGGAAUGGUUGAAAACAAAUGGAGCGAGUGGAAUAAAACGGAUCGCAGAACAUUACGGAGUAUUCGAGCACUUGUACGGUGACGCGUAUUUUCAUUCGAGGGUCCCUUUAAAAGUCGAAUAUGAAAUCGAGGACGAAAAACUGCCCGUUCAUUUCGGAAAUAUCAUAAAACCCUCGGAAGCGACCAAUAAACCGAGCGUUUCAUACGAUUGCGAUGAAAAUACUUUGUGGACUUUAACUCUGGUGAAUCCAGAUGGACAUUUAACGGAUCAGAAUAGUGAAUACAUUCACUGGUUUGUUGGAAAUAUACCUGAAAAUAAUAUAAACAAAGGGGAAACUUUAGUAGAAUACUUGCAACCUUUUCCACCUAAAGGAACGGGGUAUCAUAGGAUGAUUUUCGUUUUGUACAAACAAGACAAAAAAUUGGAUUUUUCAUCGUUCAAACGUGAGGGUAAAUGUUUAAAUCUAACCGAUAGAACAUUCAGCACCUACGAUUUUUACAAGAACCUCCAAGACUCCAUAACACCAGCAGGUUUGGCCUUUUACCAAUCCGAUUGGGACAAAUCUCUCAAGCAAUUCUUCCACAAUACUCUAAACAUGAAGGAGCCAAUAUUCGAGUAUGACUUCCCACCGCCUUACAUCAAAAAGCAAGUGUGGUAUCCGCUAAGGGAACCUUUCAACAUCUACCUGGACAAAUACAGAGAUCCCAAAGAAAUCAACAAAGAAUUUUUACUGAGGAAGUUGAAGCACGUGCACCCGUUCGAAGGGUCCCCUGCGCCCCUGCCUUACCCCAACGCGCAAUACUUCGAUGGAUACAUGCCCACUUGGCUCAAACUGGAAAUCAGGAAGUCGAGGCUCAAAUGGGGCAGGAUCAACGAGAUCGAGUAACGUAUUGUAUUGUGAAUAAAUAAACGAAGAUUAUGCAAUCAAAAAUAAAAAAAAAACAACAUUUCAAUACGAAUACAAU